UAAGCCACUCAAAGGUCAAAGUCAAAGCGAGGUGCACGAUUGAAAGCUUCACAACAACAACCCAGUACAUGCUUUCUACAGUCUUCUACGUGCCCCCACCUACGUCUUCCUCAUAUUUCCUCAGCUUAGCAACGAAUCCAUCAGUCCUGUCUAGAAAGUACAACAUGGCCCAAAAACCUAUGGAGAAGCCUAGCGGAGCUUGACUUCGAUGAUGAUGCGCCAGAUGCUUCAGUGCCAGCGACACCUGCAGCUCCGGUUCCUCCUGCUAAGGAAGAGGCUGCUCCACCGAAGCCUCCACGGCCGAUGAGUCCAAAAGCUCAGGCGGAAGCGACUCUUAUUGAAGCUUUCCCAAGUGUCGAUGCCCAAGUCGUCAGGGCUGUCUUGCACGCGAGUGGUGGAAGAAUGGAACCCGCCUUCGAAGCUCUUCUUGGCAUGAGCGAUCCAAACUACAAGGAAGAAGCACCACCCCAACAACCACCACGUCCGACCGCGGCACAAAAGCAACUAGAAGAAGACGAACGUUUAGCACGUCAGCUAGCCGAACAUUAUCAAGCCCAAGGUCAAGGUUCCCGCUCAAGAGGCGCCCCUCAACCGUACGCUAGAUCACAGAGACAAGAGCCAGAAGAUCGAGAGCGGAGCUUUUUUGACGAUGACCUUCCCGAGAUCGGCGAAAACAUCAGAAAGGGGUUCCUUGAGACCCAAAAGAACGUCAACAAGUGGAUAACGGACUUUAAAAAGAAGAUCGAUGGCGAAGACGAGGAUGAGUAUGAUGGGCGUCCAUCACAACGCCAAAAUUUUGGCGCGUCGCAAUCCGACCAGCUGUAUGGUAUUCAAAGGGACGCUGAGCGUCGAGCUCGACAAAGCGGCGACCGCGAUCGAUAUGACGCUGAUCCUCAGAUCAUUAGCGACGACUUCACGACUUUACGCAUGCAGGACAACGAUCCCCCAGCUCAGCCUCCCCGGCCUGGCCGUCCUCAUGCCAAUCCUGAUCUCUUUAAGCCUACACCUGCACCGCCACAAUCGGGGCCUGUUGAUGAGGUCGAAGCUUUCGAUGUGAAGCGUAUGGGUAAUAGACAGCCAUCGCCUGGUGGCAACAAGAAGAAAUGGCAACCUCUCACAUCUGUCGCCCCCAAUCCGGAAGGGGACGACCAUGAUCCUUUCAGCCUUGGCGACAGCGAGGACGAGGAUACGAAGGCAAAGGACACACGAGCAGAUGACUCAGAGAGACUGAAAAAAGCAGCAGCAACCGGCCCAUCAGUCUCGCCAAUCGAAGCUGGUAAGCCAGUCGAAGCCGCAGAACGUUCUGGUAGCAUGGGUACACGAAAUAAGGAGGCGGAGGAGCUUUUGACAAAGGAAACAAAGUGAUGGAUUGAAAAUAUAUGCUGGCUAUUAUAGUACCGGAAACUGGCUUCUGGAGCUAUCUCGA